AUGCGAUCGACAUUACUCUUCACUGCCGCCACUGUUGGUGCCAGAUUCGCUUCUGCGCAAUGUGAAGUUUACGGCAUCGAUAUUCAGAACGGUGGCACAUAUUUCGAGAAUGUCGAAUUGACCGUCCCCUUCACACUGGUUCAGGAGUUUUCUGGCUGUGACAACGAUACUGCCAAUGUAAGGUCACCAAGUCAUUGGUUUCGAGCAAGACUAAUCAGGAACUGCAGANAUAUCCUUGUGGAUCCUAAUGGCGACCAAUACGAAUGCUCAGACACACCAUUAGUACCUGCCUAUACACCAGAGACAGUAACCUGCAGCGACUGGCCACAAGACAAACUCUACUCUGGCGACUGGUCACUAGUAGUCAUCAGCAACAAUGGCGACGGCGAUCCCAUUGCCUAUCAACGAGACUUUAGUCUCACAGUCGGCACACCCACAACAAUAACUAUCACGCCCACAGUCACAGCCACCGACCUCGAAACCAGCAUCUUUAGUAUCCCUUCCACGACAUCGAGCACCAUCACAACAACCCUGGUGCCUCAAACGACCACGAAGCGUGCCUGGAUCGCUUUUGCAAAACCUACUUUGCUGUCUCACCCUUUGAGUGUACAGGUAGUUACCAAGGACUUGUUCACAGUCACUAAAACACAAUACGCACCCCAAGUCACCCAAACCACCGUCGAAGCCCAAGCCUCCUGCGCCUCUCCAACACCAAACUGGGUACCCGACCCGAUCGCCAAGAUCGAAAUCACGAUCCUCAAGACCAUCUUCCAGCGCACAAACUCUGCAAAGUUCAAGCGUGGUGCUGCGGCAGACGCAGCAGCCAAGCAAGAAUUCGUAGAAGAGAGAGCUGCGGGAUUGGCAGGUGGUUUGGAAAGAGAGCUCCCGAUGCAAGCAUGGUCACCGUGA